AUGGAGAUUCAACAUUUCAGCCACUACCAUCCCUUGACGUUAGUCCACAACGACGUGGAUCGCGAUGAUCAUCGCUGUGAAAUAUGCAUUGAAAAAUUAGAACGGGUUCUGAUCAUUACGGAUGCAAAGAGUGUGGUUCAUACAAUAUACAUAAACCUUGUGCUGAGUUUCCCCGUGAAUUGCAGCACCCCUCACAUCCCAAACAUCGUCUUGAUCCUCGACCUAAGUCUUGAAGAAGAAUGUGCUAAUUGCUGCUCCGAUAGGUUCAAGUUUAAAUAUAAGUGUUCUGAUCAUUGUGAGUUUUAUCUUUGUCCUGAAUGUGCGUUUCUACCGCUCAUCAAAACAGUUGACAUUCAUGACCACCCAUUGAUCCUUAUGCGGAAACCAUUGCCAUUUAUGUGUGAUGGUUGUAAGAAGGAAGACAUUGGCAUGUUUUACUUUUGUUCCACCUGUUUGUUUGCAGUCUACUCAAAUUCAAAGUGUACAUCUUUACCAUUAAUUAUACCACCAACCAGUACCAUACAAGCUGCAAUUCACAGCCAUCCAUUGACUCUUGAGAGGAAAUUGUUGUCAUUCACUUGUGAUGCUUGUGGGAAUGGAGGUAACGGCACAUUUUACUUUUGUGCCACUUGUUCAUUCGUGGCCCACCAAGAUUGUGCCUUUUUACCAUCAGUUGUCCAAGUCAUAAGGCACAAACAUCCUCUCAAUCUCAUCUACCCUCUUCCAGCCAACCAUUCCAAACGAAGAGUGUGCCAACUAUGUGCUAAGACGGUGGACACCAACUACUGGCUUUACUACUGUUGCUCAAGUCAUGAUUUUGUUGCUCACCUUCAUUGUGCUACCAGCAAGGAAGAUAGAGAUGAAACGUUUGUGUCGAACUCUAAAGAUGAAGAAUCCAUUCAGUCAUUGUCAAUCACCAACGAGCUUGAGAUCGACAAAAUGUGCAAUGCGUGCAUACGAUCUAUCUUUCCUCCAUUUUAUGCAUGUGCACAGUGUGGAUUCUUUCUUCACAAAUCUUGUGCUGAAGUACCAAAAACAUUGCGACACUCAAUUCAUCAACAACCCCUCAAGCUCACAUACCAACUUUUCGUAUGUGAUACUUGUGGUCGUCGCUGUGGUGCAUUUGAUUAUCAAUGUGACAAAUGCAAUUUUGAUAUUGAUGUUCAUUGCAGCUCAAUCCCUGAUAUCUUUACACAUCCUAGUCACGAACACGAACUAAUUCUUGAUAGGUCAUCAGAAGCCAAGAAGUGUAGUGGCAUUGUGGGAAAGUUGUUAAAAAUAUAUGGGUAUUCUUGGAAUUACCCAACUGACACAACAACUACAAAGAAUGCUCUGAAAAUUCACGCAAAACACUAG